GUAUGUACUGGUUUGUUUGUUAUGGUUCAAUGAGAGAGUUCAGGAGAGGUGAUGGUGUUGGCAGAGGAAAGUUGAGAAGCUGACCUCCUGACUCCGUCCACACGAAGUGAUACGUCUGGGAAAAAAAAAAUUACUUUCUUUGAUGUUUGCUGUCCCUGCUGCUAAGGGUAUUCUUGAGCUAUGGAGUCGGAGGCCAAUCAGGACAUCACUCACAAAUCUGCCGCCUUUUCACCCUCCAACGGAUCCCAAGAACAAACUAUUUUUUCCACUUUUGAACCUCUCGUGAUUCUUGAGUUCAAACCAAAAUCGAAACAAGCUGCUCAAGAAUGGCUGACGGCAAAAUUGCAAGCCCCUCGAACAGAACGUGGUGCCGAACUUAUUGUGAAGACAAAUACUUCAGAGAACAGUAAGGAAACUAUUCUGUACAUAGGUGCAACGACUGAGAGGCUCUUGAUCGGGGCAGAGGAAAUGAAGAUUCAGAAAACUUACCGUGACGGCUCUCUGAGAGACAUCAGCCUCACAGACCUGGACAAUUUCAACAACUCAGAGGACCUUGACAGGUUUUUGACGACAGCAGAAAAACAGCGGGUUAUUUUGAAAGGUAUGGAGAGUUUGCGCGCCUCGGAGGAGGAGACUUUCAUACCGGGUUAUCCCAAGAACAGCCUUUACCCUGGCAAGAGUAUCAUCAAGAAGUACCUAAGCCGAAACAUUGUGAGCAACUUGUUCCCUCUUCAUGAAGAAGAAAAGCUGAAAAGACUAGGGGACGAAUGGUACACCAUGAAGAAUUACUUCAAGACACAGCCUAUUGAAAAGAUUCAGGAAUAUUUUGGGGUGAAGAUCGCUCUCUACUUCUCCUUCCUGGGCAUUUACAGCAUCUCGCUGGUGCCGCCCGCGGUCAUCGGGGUUAUCUACUUCUUCUCCCCCUCCAGCAUGUAUCGGGAGGCCACUUUUGCCGUGUUCAACCUCAUCUGGUCCACGGUGUUCCUGGAGGGAUGGAAGCGCUACUGCAACUCUCUGUGCUUCAAGUGGGGCACGGUGGAUAGCUCCGUCAGUUUUUCUCACAGUUUUGAGGAGCCCAGGGCUGACUACUACGGCACCAUGGGCAGGAAUCUGGUCACAGGCAACCCCGAGCCCGUCUACCCAAAGUGGAAGAGAGUGCUCAAGUUUUACCUGGUUACGCUCCCCAUCAUCAGCUUCUGCCUCACCGUUGCCUUUUUCACCAUGCUGGCCUAUUUCUGGGCGGAGGCCUGGAUGAAGAAGAACGCGCCGCAAAACCUUGGUAUCAUCACCACCAUGAACAAUCUUCUGCCCACGAUUGGUUAUGCUGUGGUCAUCGGCAUUCUGAACAACAUCUAUCGUACGAUUGCUGUGAAGCUGAACAAAUAUGAAAACCACAGACUGCAGUCGUCUUAUGACAAUCAUCUCAUCGUAAAACUUAUCUUAUUUGAGUUUGUGAACUGCUUUAUCUGCUUGUUCUACGUAGCCUUCUACCUUCGAGACCGGGCUCUGCUCAAAACGUUCCUGGGCACCCUCCUGGUCACUCAGCAGAUUGUUGGCCAGUUCCAGGAGGCCAUGGUCCCCUUUUUCUUCAUGCAGCGGCGCCAGAAGCAGGUGGACAAGGCCCUGAGAAAAGCCGAGGGGUCGGCCGCUGUCACCAAGGAGGUCACGGAAAGCGACCAGGACGUGGACAAAAUGUACAAGAAACAGGCAGCGCUGGAGGGGAUGAUGGACAAGUGGCCGGGCUCGAACGACGAGUACCUAGAGAUGUACAUCCAGUUCGGCUACGUCUACCUCUUCUCUUCGGCGUUCCCGCUGGCCGCUCUGUGGGCCAUGCUCAACAACUUCAUCGAGGUCCGCUCCGACUCGUUCAAGAUGUGCCGCGUGUUCCAGAGGCCGUUUGUGGAAAAGGCAAACAGCAUAGGUGCCUGGCAGCCUGCAUUUGAAGUUAUCGGCCUCAUCUCAGUGAUCACCAACUGCGCCCUAAUCGGCAUGGACCCCGAGGUUCAGAAACUGUUACCCUCAGACAUGUCGGCCGUCAACAUGGUGCUCAUCUUUGUGGCCGCCGAGCACAUAGUCCUGGCCAUCAAAGCGAGCAUAGCGCUGCUCAUCCCUGAUGUGCCAAAGUGGGUCAUCUUGCAGAUUGCCAAACAGGAAUAUGCGGCCAAACAGGCACUGCGUAAACAGAUGAGCGAAGAUUCUUGCAAUAGCAAGUUCAUGAUGAAAAGGAUGGUUGAGGCUGCCCUGAAGAAGAAAGUUGUGCUGGAUGCCUUCAGUCGUCGGUCCACAGUCUUCAGAAACGAUUCUCAGUCUGCCGUCAAGGAACCUCUGUAGCUCUGCUGUGUAUUGCUUGGCGUGCCGGCAGUGGAAUGCCGUCGGAAAUGUUGCUCAUGAUGAGUACAAUUGGUGAUAAUUACUUGAACAUUUAUUGUGGUGAUAAUACUAACCAAAGAUUAUUGCAAGAGAACAAAAAACAAAAACAAACCCAACAAAAAAAAACUACAAACGAAA